AUGCCAGAAUAUUUAGAAGAAUCUGAUAAAAGUAGUACAGCGAUUAUUAUUUCACCCUAUUACAAAGAAACAGAAGAGACUGAACGCAUUUUACAAGAUCUAUCUUUAGACAAUUCAGGUAAUGCUAAUUAUACUAAAAGAGAAGAAGAUACAAAUGAACAAGUUCAAAUUGAUAAUAUAAUGCCAAAUAAUAAAGCGAAAAAAAAAUAUAAGAAACUUGUUAGGUAUCUUAUUUCAAUUAAUAGUCAAAUUUGUGAGCAUGAAAUAGGAUUUGAUAGUAAUACUACCAAUUUUAUUACACAUUUAGCGAAAUAUCAUAUCACAUGUGAAGCUGAUUAA